UUGCAGAUGAAGUGGAAAGGGAAGGACCUGUUUGACUUGGUGUGUCGGACCCUGGGGCUGCGAGAAACCUGGUUCUUCGGACUGCAGUACACAAUCAAGGACACCGUGGCCUGGCUCAAGAUGGAUAAGAAGGUGCUGGACCACGAUGUCUCAAAGGAAGAACCGGUUACCUUUCACUUCCUGGCCAAAUUCUAUCCGGAGAAUGCCGAGGAGGAGCUGGUUCAGGAGAGCACACAACAUUUAUUCUUCCUGCAGGUGAAGAAGCAGAUUUUAGAGGAAAAGAUCUACUGCCCUCCUGAGGCUUCGGUGCUCCUGGCUUCUUACGCUGUCCAGGCCAAGUACGGUGACUAUGACCCCUCUGUGCACAAGCUGGGAUUUUUGGCCCAAGAGGAAUUGCUUCCAAAAAGGGUAAUAAAUCUGUAUCAGAUGACUCCGGAGAUGUGGGAGGAAAGAAUU